CACUUAAUUAACCCAGCUCAAUCCAUGUACAAGAAAUGAAUUUUAAAAAGAACAAAAAUCUAAUAAGCAUAAUUUUUUCGUGCAGCAGUAGGAACAAAGCAAAAGCUUAUAGCUGCUCUUGCCUCUCAGUCAGCCCUCAGCUCCUUCCUGCCGACCACCUGCGAGGCAUUUUUUGUUGUGGAAUGUGCUUGGGAAAAAAGAAAGAAGCAGAAAGAAGAAUGGUUCAUAGAUUUUCAACUAGAUUAUUGAAUGUUUGCAUAGCUUCACUAUGUAAGGCCCAUAAAUUGGAGAAAGCUGAAUCAGUUAUUAUUGAUGGUAUAAGAUUGGGAGUGCUCCCUGACGUUGUAACUUACAAUACAUUGAUUGAUGCAUACUGUCAUUUUGGAAUUGAUGCCGGUUAUGCCAUUCUUCAUCGAAUGAGAGAAGCUGGUGUUACCCCAGAUAUUAUUUCAUAUAAUUCUUUGAUAGCUGGUGCCACUAGGAAUCACCAAAUAGCUCGGUCUCUUGAUCUAUUUGAUGAAAUGAUUGAAAGAGGCAUAGUCCCUGAUGUUUGGAGUUACAAUAUUUUGAUGCACGGCUUUUUCAAGUUAGGAAAACCAGAUGUGGCCCAUAGGGUUUUUAAGGAUAUUAUACUUGCUGAGCAUUCACCUUCUAUUGCUACUUUUAACAUUAUGAUGAAUGGUCUUUGCAAGAAUGGGUAUACAAUGAAUGCUUUUAUGUUGUUUAGGAACCUACAGCGUCAUGGAUUUGUGCCAGAGUUAUUGACUUACAAUAUUCUUGUUAGUGGAUUAUGCAAGAUUGGUAGAUUAGGGUCAGCAAGGAGGGUUCUUAAAGAAAUAGUGGAAUCGGGCCAUGUUCCAAAUGCCAUAACAUACACUACUCUAUUGAAAUGCUUCUUUAGAAAGAAGAAGUUUGAAGAAGGAAUUGAGCUAUUGUUGGAAAUGAAGAGUAAAGGGUAUACAUUUGAUGGUUUUGCUUAUUGUACAGUUAUUGGUGCUCUAACUAAGAUAGGUAAGGUGAAACAGGCGACUGAAUUCAUGGUAGACAUGAUUGAAACUGGUAUCGAGCUUGAUAUAGUAUCUUAUAACACACUAAUUAAUUUGUACUGUAAAACUGGUGAGUUGGAAGAAGCCUAUAAGUUGUUGGAUGAGAUAGAAAAGAAAGGGUUGGAAUGUGAUAAGUAUACACACACUAUAAUGAUUGAUGGAUUGUGCAAGGCAGGUAACGUUGAGGUGGCCGCACAACAUUUGAAGUAUAUGAAUAUGAUGGGCUUUGAUUCAAACUUGGUUGCAUAUAACUGUUUGGUUGAUGGGUUGUGUAAAGUUGGUCAGAUCGAUAAUGCGAUCAAAGUCUAUAAAUCAAUGGAGGUAAGAGAUUCUUUUACCUACUCCUCUUUGGUAUACAACCUUUGCAGGGACAGGAGGUAUCAUUCUGCAGCCAAGCUCUUGCUAUCUUGUUUACGAAGUGGCAUGAAAAUUCUGAAGUCUGCUCAACGAGCUGUCUUGCUUGGUCUUCGCUAUUCUGGAUUUCCUGGAGAAGCAAAAAGGCUGAAGUCUAAGAUUUGCAUCGCUCGAAUAUUGAAUCAUUGAUAAUUUAGUCAUUAUUUUCGAUUUUAGUGUUAAAAGUUGGAAGAUUAUUUAUUUCAGUUGAUUUACCAUCAAGGAUAAUUCAUUUUGGAUCAAGGUCCUGAUUGAAAUAAUAUGUUUCUUUUUGUUGUAAGUUCAAUGGUUCUCUUGGGGUAGUAAUCCUGUAGGCCAUGAUAGAGAUCAGCAACUCUGAAUCAAGCUGCAUCUACGUGUAAUGCAUGCUCUGUAUCUGUAUUUCCAGCAUAUAAAAGCAGAUGAAGUGACAUGCACUGCUUGGAAACACUAGUCCAGCUUCAGGAACUAUGUAGCAUGUUCACAAGAGAUUCAUGGAAAUGCACUGCUUUUUUUGGCAACCUGUUGAUGGGAACCAGCUGAUGGUCGAUGGGCUCAAGUGUGGAAAAUCAGAGGACCUUAACAGUUUCUAUGGACUGCCAUGCAAGAUAAGCUAUUGUCCAAUGUCAAGCAUUGAAAGAGAGGUAUGGUCGACAAUCCAAUUUGCAUUAUAUGCAGCAAUGGACAAGAGACUGUAAUUCUUGGUAUAGAGAAUUGUCAUAUUGCACAAAAUUUUUUGAAUAAAAUCGUGCCUCAGCGACAUCAGUCCAGUUUUUCGCUUAAUAUACUGGAACCUCUGGAAACAAAGAAAUAAUCUUCAAUGCUGGUUUUGUUAUCAUGCACAUCAUCGCCUGGGCUCGACACAUUUUUUGUCAAGGUCUCCAAGAUAAGAUCCCAAGGCCAACGGCUUUCUGCAUUUUUGUAAUUUUGGGGUUACAAUAUUUUGAUGCACAAGUCGUGGGAAUGAGUACCAUCAUGCAGGUUAAGGUUUGGGCAAUUUAUGAUGGUUUAGAUAUGGUAGAUGGGGCUUCCUAAGGUAGUUGUUAAGUGUACAGUAUCAAAAUGUGGCCGCAAUGCAACGUAGAGGCCAUUAUUGUUACUAUCAUAAUGGAUUUUGGAACUGCCAUGCCGCAAAAUAUCCGCAUCAUCAUUGUGGUUCGGAAUCACGUUUGUAACGGGCGUUACCCUCAACAGUGCUGCAAGAGGGGAAAAUAGCGCUGCAAAGCCCUUUUUCUUCAGAUUUGCAAUGAAAUGUAGUUAAAACCGUGUAUCUUCAAUUAAACUUGUUAUAAAAGUAAUAAAUGGACUAAAGAAGUUCAAAAGAA